AUGUCCUCUUCUCCCGUCGAAACAGUCAUGCCUGACUGUUCCGUUGAACCUAGAAAUCACGGGUGCAUAGGAGUCUUCUGGGACGUGGUGGAUUUCCCGUUCCCUGAGGGUCUUAGCCCUCAUAUGAUUUAUGACAAGACGAAAUUGUUUGUUGAGUCGUUGGGUUGUUUUGGUGACAUGGCAAUCAUAGCUUAUGUUGAUGAGGAACAGUUCGAUGAGAAAUUGGUCGGUGCCUAUAAAGAUGCCGGAUUCACCAUCAUUCCCCGACAAGCGGAUAAGCAUACGAGGUAUCGUUCUGUGAGUCUGGACAUUGACUUGUGGAAUGCGGAUAUGCAUUUCGAGGGUCUUUUACUGAUAACGUUGAUGGUGGUCUCAAAAGAAAUAGAAAAGAAAUCGCCUUUCUUCACUUUCCUUCAGAGUAUGACAUGUCUAUGUCAGCAUGUUUUGUUAACACUUGAUCAUGAUCCCCCACCAAGCGGAACUGGUCGGCUACAGCGAAUAUGCUUCAGUAUCCCCCCAUUAGAGACUAUCGGUCAAAGUGGAACCUUACUCGGUAGCUCUGACGGUAAACGGAAGAGGACAAACAACUCUCUUUAUUAUUCCCACGAAUCCCUGCCUAGGUCUCUCAGUAUUCCUGAUUCUCCCGUCCAGUCUACGUCCGAGAAAUGUUCCACACAUGUCUUCUGGGACGGUGUUGAUUUCCCGCUACCUUAUAAUGAUCCUCAUUAUGCGUUUAGGCUUUCACAAUCCACUCUUAAGGAAUUGGAUCUUCAUGCAGCGUCGUCACUCGUGGCUUAUGUUGACGAGGCAGACUUGUGCGGUGAAAGGGAAACGGAUGGAAUCACCAUCAUUCCCUGUCAAGGGGAUGAAGAAGCGAGAUCUCAUGCUAUGUUGGUGGACAUCGUUUUGUGGGCGAUGGAAAAUCAUGCCACCUACUUUGAACCAAAAACGUUGAUGGUAGUCUCAAAAGACAUGCUAGCAAAGACGGAUUACCUCGAAGUACUUGAAGCUCUGAGUGAGAGACAUUACACUGUCGUCUUAGGAGAGCCACCUAACCCUCAAAUUCUCUCAUCUCGUUUGGACCUGGAGGGUCGUUUUGUGCGAGAGGAGGUCGUUGGUUUCUCUAAUGGACUAGCUACUUUGUAUCGCACAAAAUUUAUGUCAUCUGAUGUAUUCAUCUUCUGGGAUGUCCUCGGUUGCCCAACCGAUUUUUCGAGUGUGGAGCGGGUUCUUCACGACAAGGGUUAUGAUGGCAAAGUGAUUGUUGAACCUUACGUUGAUGAGGACUAUGGGGACUAUGGGGAUAAUCCGUUUGACGAAAAAACAACACCCCGGCGUGUUCUGUUUAAGCCCAUAAUCAGAGUCACAUCCAAAGAACCUUUUGAAGACGACACCAGGUGUAGCGCUGUUAUUCAAGCGUUGGAAAGCAGAGGCUACAACAUCAUCUUUAGACCAUCUGAUCAGGUCACAUCAAUAGACAAGUCUAAUGUUGGCAGCUUUUCGUCGCUUUGUAAAAGACUACCAGUUGGAGCAGAAGUGUAUUUCAACCCAAGCAUAAAGUCGCAAGGUCGGAUUCUCACAGACCAGAGCAUAAAACUUGCAUCGCAACGAAUAGUCGUCUUCUUGUUGGUCCAGAAUUGCCCAUACCAACUUACCGAGAUUUGGUAUAAUUUCAUGUCAGUUCUCGAGAAGAAGGGUUAUGAAGGGAUUAUGUCUACAUGCACAGUAUUCACUGAUACGAGAGAGUUUUCAGAAGCCUAUGACACGGCUGGAGUGUAUAUCAAACCGUUUCCUAAAGAGGAUGAAUGUGGCAAAGUUACAAGUUUGUUGAUGGAGAUGAUUUCUUGGGGAAGGGGUCUUAGGGAACCAGCCAAUUUUCUGGUAAUCUCAGAGCCCUUCAAAGACCCAAUCUGCGACAAAGUCGUUGAAAGCUUGAAAAUCAGGGGGUGCAAUGUUCUCUUCGAGCUCCCUGAUUACAUGCUCACAUUUGGACACUCACGAUGGUCUGCAAAAUGCCUAUUACGUGCCGAUUAG